AUGGGAAAAUCAACAGACUCGUCAAUUAUAUACCCUAAGUGGUUUGGGGGCUCUGCAUCCUGCAUGGCUGUACUUGUUUCACAUCCUUUGGACCUACUCAAGGUCCGAAUGCAAAUGGAGCCUGGGGGUGUGAAAGCUGGCACUUUCGCAAGCUGCGCUCGAAUCGUUCGAGAGGAAGGUUUACUUGCACUUUAUAAUGGGCUCUCGGCAGGUUUCAUGAGACAAUUAACAUACGGCUCUGUUCGCAUCGGCCUCUACGAAACAUUGAAAGAUGAAGCCAGAGCGAACAGUAUUCCCGUCUCACCCCCAGUACUUGGACUGCUAGCUGGCAUUUCGGGAUUUGUCGGCGCAAUAUUCGGAAAUGCUUCAGAUAUAGGCAAUAUCCGGAUGCAGAACGACGGCUCGCUACCUCCCCAUCUUCGACGAAACUACCGACAUGUCUUUGAUGCAUGGGGUCAAAUCAGAAGACUGGAAGGCUGGAGGGCUUUUGGACAAGGACUAUGGCCUAAUGCCUUCCGCUGCGGCCUGAUGACCAGCUGCCAGCUUGCUUCCUAUGACAGCUUUAGAGAAUUACUAUCAAAGACUACGGGCAUUGAUGGUAAUAACCCUGGACUGCAGGUGUCGGCUUCUUUCUUAGCAGCACUGGUCGCUACCACGCUAUGCAGUCCGAUUGAUGUGAUCAAGACGCAGCUUAUGGGAUCUUCUGAGAAGCAGGGGGUUUGGCAAGUGAUAAAGGGACUGACGGCGACAGAGGGCGCUAGAUGGAUAUUUCGCGGCUGGGCCCCAAGCUUUGUGAGGCUCGGACCACAGACGGUGGCAACGUUGGUAAUGUUGGAACAGCAUAAGCGGAUAUUUAGGCAGUUGAAGGAAACAAAGGCCCAGACGAUUGCUUUGUAG